AUGAAUUUGUUCCCGUCGAACAGUUUCCCAUUUUCAUUUUCAGCGGAUGAGAAAAAAUUACCACGGGUUCAAAAAAUACAGAAAGGUUUGAGAAACAUUUUGUAAUCAAACUUUUAUGUUAAUUCAGAAAAUGAAUGUACAAAUUUGGAAACGGUGACACAGCUGGUGCUACGAGCUUUUUUAGCAGACGCUAUGAAAAGCUCUAAUCGGCUGAUCGAAGGCGAUUCGCCAAUGCUCACCGAUUUAUUGCUGAUGUUGGAACGGAUAGUUGCGCACGGGUUUCAGGCUUCAAGUAAGAUUGAUGAGAAUGAUUUUGUAAAUCUUAUAAUUCAGUGAAUACUGCAUUAUUCUCUUUCAAAGCGCCUGAAGCUGAUGUGUGGGAAUUUUUGAAGAAAGUCGGUCGGUCGGAUGCAAACAUGCACGAAACUGUCAUGUGCGUGGAAACGAUCCCAUCGUUGUCGUAGGUUUUUGAUUUUCUCUCUUAGUUUCGAAAAACGAUAUUCAAGUUUGGAAGUUAACGAAUUUUUGUUAUUUCAGAACACCUCUUGCCAAAAUUCGAGCUUUUUUACGCAUGGCCAUCAUGCAGAAGAAGUUGAGCGAGUUUCUGGAAAUUAUUCGAAAUUGCCCUCAGAUAAAGUUAGAUUUCCAUUUGGAUAAACGAAUAAAGUUUAUUUUCAGAGAUUUCUACGCGACUUGGGCUUUUCUACGACAAGAAAGGGCCGUUUUUCUCUGUGGUUCCUUAUUUGGAAUUCAUGUUGUUGAGUGCAAUUUAUCGAUUGAUUUUGAUCAUUUGCAGGUUCGAAAAUAGUUCAGAAUUUUUCAUCGUGCUAUUUUAUGGUUUCAGGAACAGCCAUCAAACUUGGAUUUGUCGUUUUAUGUGAAAUUGCCAACGACGCCUACGGAGGAACAAGAAGAAAAUGAGGAAACGAGCCAUUCUGAAUUGAAAAAGGUGAUUUUGAAGUUGAUUUUUUGCGCCAAAAUCGUCGUUACUAUCAAAAACUAGUUUUAUUUUUCAGGAACGAAAAAUCAUGUUUGAUCAAAUGCAGUUUCUCGAAGAGCGCAAUCGUCAAUUGGAGUGAAUAUAAAUAUUUUGAAAGCGAUUUCGAGUAUUAUUUCAGGACAAAUUGGCAAAUCGCCAAACGGAAGUUGUCUGAAAUCGAAGCGCUUAAUAAUCCAUUGCCGGUUUCACCUGAUGAGGUUUUUCCAAAUUUUUUUAUAUUUCGAAAUGAAAAAUUUGCAGUCAAUAUCUUUUCGAAAGCUUGAAGCGGCUCAAGUUGUUGAUGUCGAGGAAGAAAAAAAGGUUCGAAAAAAACGCGAAAGUUGAAGAUUUAACGAAGGAAAAGGAGGUUUUGGCAGUGAAGGUUCGUUUUUUUUUUCGAAAAAAAUUCAACUGUCGCCAGUUCACUUUUUUAUUCUUUCUAUAAAACUUUUUAAAAUAAUUUCUGGCUUAAUUAACUGUUUUUUUUUUUUUCACUUUUUUCGCGCAGUAAUGUUCCCUUUGAAAUUUUCAGGUCGCCGAACUGGAAGACACCAUUAAGAUCAAUAAUCAACAGUUGGAAGAUCGCCAAAAAUUAAACGUCGAUUUGUAUCAAAAACUUCGCGAUAGUGAAACGUACCUGCGAAAAGCCGAGAACGACUUUUUGAUUUUGAAAGAAAGAUUCGAUUUGGUGGGUUUCAUGCGAGUAAUAUUAGAUUUUACGAUUGCAGAUUCCAGGAGCGUCAGAAUCUGCUCAAAACCCAGGAAAAACUUGAGAAAAGGUGCGCAGAACUGGAAGAAAAGCUGCAGGCGAAGGAGAAUUCAGAUGGUAUCUCUAUUUGAACUUCUAGAAUGAAGAUAUUUGAAGACGGCGUCCGGAAAGAACUGAAGAAGAAGUGCGAGCAGUACAGCAGCAUGAUCGCCGCGUUGGAAACCAAGCAGAAGGAGUUGGCGAAGGUAAAAUAAAUAUUAAAAUUUCAAAACUCGGACAAAACGGACAGUUCUUUGAAACCUGUUCUGAAAAAUAAAUCUUUAAAGGGUGCAAGUCAAUCUUUUUCAUAUCAUUUCGCAUCUUUUCCACAUAUGUUUUUAUAAGGAUGGUGAAAAGCAACUAAAUUGAUUUCAGGCGAUUCAAAAAUAAUUCUCUGAAAAUAUUAAAAGCCCUUAUUUCCAUCAUUUUAAAACCUUUUAGCGGAACCUUUCCAGCUUUUUUUGUGAUGGCCCACAAAGAAGCUUUCCUUUUUCAUUGAAAAAAUAGUUAGUUCAGGUUUAAUAUCAAAUAUUGAAUAAAUAGCUGCUCAUUUGACAAGAACUUUGUUAGGUUCAGCGGAAGAAAAUUCAUUAUUUUCUUAUUAUCAAUCGAUUUAUUCGAUUUUUCAGAUAAAAGACGACAAUGAGAAGCUUCACAAGGAACUUCUCUUGGCCCAGCGCGUCGUCAAAGAAGUUCCCUUUCUGAAAGACGUUAGUUUUUUUGAAAAUCAGUUGGAAAGUUCAGCUAAAUGUUGAAAAGAAAUAUAUUUUGUGGUCACUCCCUUUAUUUUACUCAGCUAAAAUUACUUAUGAGAAAAAGAUAAGUGUACCUGACUAGGGAACGUUUCUACCCCCAAUUGAACCUAAAAUUUUAGCCACUAUCCUCUUUUUUUCAAGUUUCUAUUUUUUUCAAAUCAACAAUCGAAUUUUGAUGAAACUUCGCUGAAGUGUACUUUCGGACCCGCUUAUUUCAGAACAAGGAGAACAUUUCUCGCAAUAGAUCUUUCAAGUUAGGACACUUCAAGAGCUCAAAAUAGCGCUUUUUUGUCAGAAUUCGCGUAUUUUGCGGACUUUGAAGCUCCAUAACUCGGAAAAAAAAAUCUAUUGCAAGAAAUGUUUUUUCUUGUUCUGGGGUCAGGGGUCCUAAAAGUGCAUUUCAGCAAAGUUUCAGUAAAAGUUCAAAAUCUUAUCGGAGAGUUUUUUAAAUAGAAGUUAAGGAUUUGAAAGAGCUCGAAGGCAAAUUUAAUGAGGAAAAAACCCGGGCCGAGCAGUAUGAGAAGACGAUCGAAGAGUUAGGUGGACAUUUGAGCGAGUAAGUUUUGUCUUGGAUGCAAAGAAAUGGAAGAAUUUCUGAAGAUCGAAGCUCCGGAUGGUGGAAUUGACCGAGGAGCUGAGGCCCUUGAGUGAAGCCGAAUGGGCGAAAGACGCGGAUGUCGUCGUCUGCACGGCCUGCGCCGAGAAGUUCACCAUGGCCAAGAGGAAACAUCACUGUCGGUGAGAAAAAUCGAUGAAGUAAUGAAGGAAACUCACACGUCAUCGGGGAACCUCCGGGAAAAAUUAGUGAAAUCAAUAUUAAAAUUAUAUUUAUUCACAGUCAAGAAAAAAAUUUUUGUAGAAAAAAAGCACCUACCAGAAAGCUUUAUUGAACUUUUGCGGACGUGAUCUUUGAACUGUACCCUAAAAAAAUAAUUUUUGAGACUGUAUGCAAAGGUUUUUUUCUACAAUGUGUUUCAAAUGCCAAAAAAUAUUUUUUUUUGUUGAGGAAUUAUUUUAUUUUUCAGCCGCUGCGGCUCGAUUUUCUGCGCGGCCUGCAGCGACAGUCGUGUGAAGCUGCCGUCGAAUCCGAAGCCGGUCAGAGUUUGCGACAAUUGUUUCUCGGCCCUCCAAAAUGUCAACGCUGUCUUGCUCCAUUGA